AUGGAGACCACGAGCCCAACCGCCGUCGACUGUCAGCUGCAAAAGGCUGGUGCAUUUGUUCUAAACGCUGAAGUUGAUACUGGGGAUGAGCCAUAUCUAGACCUGGCGAGCUAUAUUCCAAAGAAAGCCCUCCAAAAUACCAGGCGAGAUCCAGUCCACUCAUGCGUUAACGAAAUCUAUGAAGCGCAAUUUCAAGCCCGUCCAGAUGCGCCUGCGGUUUGUGCCUGUGAUGGCAGCUUGACAUACCGUGAGCUAAACAACUGUUCUGCUGUCCUAGCGAACAAACUCCGUCGGCAGGGCGUGAAGGCUGAGGGUUUGGUUGCCCUUCUUUUCGAGAAAUCGAAACUCAUGGCCGUUGCCAUGCAUGCUGUAAUCAAGGCUGGGGGUGCCUUCAUGAUGUGGGAUCCAUCCUUUCCUGUGGCACGCCUCCGGGGGAUGUUUGGCGAAUCGGGGGCGCACCUGGUACUGGCCUCUGCAGGAAACUCCCAGAUGGCGUCUGAGAUAAGUGACAACGUCAUUGUAGUAGACGAGAUCCAUCCCCUAGAUACGGCUCCAUUGGAUCCCGGCAACCGGCCAGAGAACGCCCUGUACUCCGUCUACACCUCUGGAUCGACAGGCAAGCCGAAAGGCUUCCUGAUCGAACACAAAGCAGUCUGCACCUGCGCCUUGGCCCUUGGGAGUGAGAUGGGAAUUACGGAGAACUCUCGCUUUCUUCAGUUUUCUUCCAACUCAUUUGACCUUGCGGCGUUCGAGCACCUUCUUCCGUUUCUUUUCGGCGCUUGUCUCUGUAUCCCAUCUGAGAGCGAGAGAAAGAGUGACCUAAACCGCGCCCUGGACAGUUAUGGGAUUACGCACGCAAUACUGACUCCUUCGGUUAGCCGAUUAAUUGAUCCUAAGCAACUCACAGCCUUGCGGACGCUGUUACUAGGUGGGGAGGCGUCUACCCAGGAGGAUGUCCGACGUUGGACUCCUUAUGUGCAGCUUCUCAACGGCUAUAGUCCCGCAGAAGCCGGAUGUCUCAAUGUCGUCAACCCGGGUGCAACGCAGGCCAGUCCGAAUAAUAUUGGCUUUCCUCUCACGAUCACUCCCUGGGUGGUGGACCCCGAGAAUCAUAAUCGAUUGAUGCGUGCCGGGGACGUAGGCGAGCUGGUGAUACAGGGACACACACUGGCACGAGGCUACUUCGGACCACCUGAACGAAGUGCAGCGGCGUUCAUUGACACUCCUACCUGGGCGCGGAAGCUGGCCUGUGAAUCUUACGGAAGAAUGUACAAGACGGGGGAUCUUGUAAGGUUUGAUGUUGAAGACGGUUCUUUGCAUUACGUCGGCCGCAAAGAUCUGCAGGUCAAAGUUCGUGGCCAGCGACUCGAGCUCGCGGAGGUCGAAUUUGCGUUGCAACAAUGCUUCCCCUCGCCGCAUUCCGUCCUGGCCGAGGUGAUUGUUACGGACGGCAGAGAGCCGUCCUUGCUGGGGUUCGUUUGUAGGCAAGGCCAACGCCAGCUGAUGCCAAUUGCACCCCAGAGCGAUGAGCGCGGUCUGUUCCUUGUGCCGGAUUCUAAGUUCUGUGCGGAGGCUCAGGUGGCGCUGACAGCUAUGGGGAAUACACUGCCGUCCUAUAUGGUUCCAUCUGACCUUCUCCUGAUCUCUCAUUUGCCUAUGCUACCGUCUGGGAAAACAGAUCGUGGGAGUCUUCGCACGCUUGCGGCCGGUCUGAAUCCGGCCGAAAGGAGAGGGUAUAGCAGCGUGUUGAGACAGCACCGCGACGAACCCAGAGACGAACUGGAGCACUUAUUACUAGUACUCUGGGCCACCUCUCUCAGCCUUGCUGCCACGCAGGUUGGAGUCAAGGACAAUUUUUUUCACCUAGGCGGCAGCUCGCUGGAUGCUAUUCACCUAGCAGCUGGGAUACGCAAAAUGGGGUUUUCCGAGCUGUCCUCAGCUAUUGUGUUCAACAACCCCACCAUCCGGGAGAUGGCAGAUACGUUAAAGGUUAUAAAAGCAUCGAGCCAGCCCCAGAACACUUCACCAUUGGCGUCCUUCGAGCUGGACUCCUUGUUGGCGGCCGAGCUCUUGCGCAAAGUGGGGAUCUCGCCCGAUGAUCUGGAAUGUGGGUUUUUGCCCGUCACUCCGUUCCAAAGAAAAAGUUGCCUGCUGAAGCCCAUGCACCUGACGAUAGAUAUCUCGGGCAUAGAUCACGCUCGACUAGAGGCUGCUUGGACUAUCGUGCAACAGAACCAUAUCAGCCUCCGGUCUAUCUAUGUGAUGCAAAAUGGAGAUAUAUACCAAGCUUUUCUCCGUAGGCCAGGGUCAGCCUCUAUACCCAUUUUCAGGUGCGAGGAGCGAGUUGGUGACUAUGCCGCAAGGUUCUGCGAUCACGAUACUAGGAAUAUCCUGGAUGGGCGCCCCUGGUGGAGUUUGAGCAGAGUCGAUAGCCACACGGAGAGCAGUCUGGUUCUCCGAACUACCCACGCUCAAAUCGAUGCGAUGACUCUUGAUGCCAUCUUCAAAGACUUCAUGGCAGUAUUUGAGGGCCAGGAACUAUCCCAGAGAGGGUUGGAAUUCCCUAGAUACAUGCAAUCACGUCUAACGCACAACACAUCCACUGCAGCCACCGCCUUCUGGUCAAAGUUUCUUGAUGGCUCGGAAAUUACUAGGCCAAUUCUCCUGGACCCGUCCUUGGUGGUGGAUCCGGAGUCUGAAUCAAUGGUAUUUGUGUCCAGGGAGAUGACAGCCAUGACCCCGCCGGCUGGCAUCACGCUGGCAGCGGUAUUCCGCGCCGCCUGGGCAUUCGUCCUAUCCCAGUAUACUAAAGAGGACGACGUUGUCUUUGGCGAGUUUGUGGAGGGUCGGAGCCUCCCGAUAAGUGAUGUGGAUAAAGUCACAGGGUGUACGGCGGCGGAGGCUCCAAUGCGUAUCACCAUUCCCUCUGGUGCAUCUGUUCUUGACCUUCUCCAUCAUUCCCAGAAGCAACAUGUUUCACGUAUCCCAUACGAAACAUGCGAAUUGGAAGAUAUCAUUCCACGCUGCACGUCGUGGCCAAUUGACACGGCCUUCAGCCAUAUUCUGAUCCUAGAGAAUGUGGAUGUUGUUCCCCCGGUGGUCCUAGAUGGGCAGCUCCGCAAACACAGGUGGGCUUUUCACGGACGACUCGAGGACGUGCAUGUCCAGUUGUUUCCUGGCCAUGAGAAAUUACAGGUCGGAAUUUCUGGUCCAGCUAUCCGCCUAUCCGAAAGCAUCGCCACCCUGCUUGUUGACAAGCUGGAAGCUGCAUUCAGGGACUUCAUCACCCGGCCAGAAGCUCCCCUGUCGGACAUAGCAAGUUAA